AUGGAGGUGGGGAGAUUCUCAAUUUCAUGUAGGAUGAGGAAUGUGGAAGACGGACUAGUCUGGAUGUUUACUGGGGUUUAUGGGCCAUUUUCUAAAGAGGACAGGGAGUGGAUGUGGAAGGAAAUAGGAGCAAUCCGAGGCAUUUGGGAGGAUCCAUGGUGUAUAGGGGGUGACUUCAAUGUCACCCUGUCACUGAGGGAAAGAAGUAAUCAGGGAAGACUAACGAGUGCAAUGAGAAGGUUUGCUCAAGUUGUUGAUGAGCUAGAACUCAUUGAUCUUCCAUUACAAGGAGGGAUGCUUACUUGGAGUGGGGGGAGGAAUAAUCAGGCAUGGGCCAGAUUGGAUAGGUUCCUGGUGACCCAGAGUUGGCUUGACCACUUCAGUGAGGUUGUGCAAUGUAGGCUGCCCAGACCGACCUCAGAUCAUUUUCCUAUUGUGCUGAUGGGGGGAGGGUUAAGGAGAGGUCCGUCCCCGUUUAGGUUUGAAAAUAUGUGGCUUAAAGCUGACGGGUUCACGGAUCUUCUUAGGGGCUGGUGGCAGGGAGUUGAGGUUAGAGGGAGGGCCAGUGUCAGACUAGCCACUAAAAUGAAGGUGCUGAAGCAUAAGAUUAAAGUGUGGAACAGAGAGGUGUUUGGUAGGCUGGAAGCUAACAAGAACUCAGCCCUGCAACAAGUGGAGUUUUGGGAUGGGGUGGAAAGGGAAAUGAGCUUGUCUGAAGGUGAAACUGAACUGAAAAAAGAAGCCAAGGAUUCCUUUAAAAUAUGGGUCUUAUUGGAGGAGACCCACUGGAGACAAUUGUCAAGGGAAUUGUGGCUUAAGGAGGGAGAUAGAAACACUGGAUUCUUCCAUAGAAUGGUUAAUGCUCACCGAAGGAAUAACUCUCUGGAUAGAAUAAAAAUUAAUGGAGUUUGGAUGACUGAGGAGUAG